CGACUGUUGAUUUGGAGCUUCCACACGGGUGGAGGCGGCCGAAAGAAUAACAUAGCAGGACAUAUUAUCUUUGAGCCCUCAAGUGCAAACACGUUCUCAGAAGACUUUUUACGUGUCAUAAAUUCUGAUGGACGAGUGUUAUGCUAAGCUGCCACGUGGAGGAGCUGCGAUCGUAAUUUAAAUAAACGAAUGCGGAAUUGGUUUUUUUAACCUGUGAAGUGCUCUUUUUAUAUUUUGUUCUGAAGUGUAAUAGAAUAUCAUCUGCUACAGUGUAACAGUGGUGUGCAGCGGAAGUGUUGUUCUGUGAAUGCGGCUGUCCCACCUGGGAGUUUUUAAUUGCGACCACAUGUGUUCGAAGGUGAUGAAAGAGGAACGAACGAUAUUUUCACCAACAGAAAAACUUUGAAAAGGAAUUGCCUUCGUUUGAAAUAUCUGUCCGCUUUUCCACUGAAAAUCCAGCACCAUUUAUGACAGCCCAUCACCACAUCUGAUGGAUGAGUUGACAGAAUCCACCUUACUGGACAAGCGGAAGACUUUUCUGUCGUGCUACGCCAACUUUUGCCGUUGUAGGAAGAGAGCUCGUCUUGGCCAUGUGAGCCAAGGGGCCGCCUCGGAUUGCGUACUCUUUACUUAAGAAUGUUCAGGAGUGGACCUCAAACUUCUGCACAAGACAAACAGACGCAGCAGCAGAAACAGAAGAAGAGGUUAUCAUUCAGAGAUCCCGAAGUCGAAGGUCCUCAGCAGUCGUUCUUCUACGGCGGUUGCAGACCCAAAGUUCCUUCCAGCAGAUUGCACAACGAGCGAAGGGAGAGCAGAAGCGUUGAGAAUCUAUCAUUAGAGGAUCAAGCGUUGCAGAUUGUCCAAAACGUAGGUAGUGCCUUUUCGGAUCUCUCAUUGCAGGAACUCGAUCAAACGGGCUUCUUUGACAUUGACAACUCGGCUGCAGAAAUUGAAGAUAAACAAGCGGAGGCUUUGAUUAAUGAUUGUCUCCUGACUGACAGCUCAAAUUACAAUAGAGGGUACCAACCAUCAAGUUUACAGAUUUCAGCCGAAGAUCAAGAAUUCCUGGAUGGUUUGAAUCCAUCGUAUCAGAGUUCAGACAUGCGGUGCCCAUCCAAUGAGGUCAGCGAAGGGAACUCCUAUCGCAAUAGCAUUCCAUCCAUGGACGAGAAAUAUCCAAGCAGCGCUCAGCACCAGAUACAGCUCCUGAAGUAUCAACUGGACCAACAAAGUCAGCAGACACAGCUCGCCCUCCAUCAAGUACAACUACUGACGGACCAAGUGGAGGCGGAAAGUGCUGCCAGGCGAAAAGCACAGGAACAGAACAAUCAACUCAUGAUACAAAACCAAGAAUUACUUAAUCAUAUCGAGAGGCUGUUUCAACAAAUCGAAAAUUUGGAAAAGCAAAUUCAAGCUCUGGAAAUGGGAAAAAGGCCUAAGAAUCCACAACCGUUAGAACCACAGGUACACCAGCUAAGAACAUCUUCGUACGCUGCCGGCAGAAGAAUGAGCGGCGAAUUCACACCUAACAGGCCAACGGCCACUACCACUCCAAGUCGCAGUACUUUGUCGACCACCACCACCACAGCCAGACGGACCUCUCUGACAUCUACCAGACCAAGUAUAACGCAAAAUAAACAAACAACAAAUCAACCUCAGCCAAGUUUAGCAACUCGGAGAAAUCCACUGUCGACACCCAAACCUCUGACAGGAAUACAAAACAAAAUUGCUGAUCAGAACGCCAAGAAAAAAGAAACCUCUCUUCACAUCGGAGACACAAGUCCACCCGUUCAAAGCGGGACCCUCAGCCAGUUCGGGACAUCCUGGAAGCUAAAAUCUCAGGACCAGAAUCAGCCGGAAGAAGACUCUUCCUCAACAGGUGGUGCUCGAACGCGGACAUCAAGUUUCAGUUCCUUCAGUAAGCUGAAGCCUCCAGAAAACAUUGCUCUGAAAAGUGCAGCAUUCAGUAGCAACAGUGGGAUAUCGGGUGUAUCCAGCAUAACAAACAAAAGAUUCUCGUCCAGUACAUCAGAUUUGUAUAGCACGAGUGCUUUCCAAUCCACUAAACCUCUAGUUAUAGAGGAUGCUUCAGGUGACAGUAAAAGUUCCAUUAGUAAUGUGAGUGUGAAUACGACCAGCAAACUUCCCAGAUUUCAGCCAUAUACUGGAAUUAGACGAAGUUCACUGACGAAGGAUUUUGAGCAGUUUUCGGCGCUAGGGAAAAAUAACAAUCAGAGAAGUAAUACAAAUUCUAUGUUUAAUAGGUGAAAAUAACUCCCUUUCAAAAAGAAUUUUUUUAAACUUUAAGGGCAUAAAGAACAUUUUAUAAUAUGUCAUUUAUCAUUCAUCUACAACUUACAUGAGUCACGUGAAAUCAAGAAUUUCUUCAAUUUGGUGUGUACCAUAAACAGUGCCAAAAUAAAAAAGAAAAGAAAGUCAUGCACUUAGAGGGAAAGUAUCAAAUAAAUUUGAUGUAUUUA